UCUACAUUUUGUAUGACCAUGGCCAGACGUUUACAGCGUGAUGAUACACACUUUAUCGUGCGGUAUUUAUGUGAUGACAAUCUUCAAGUGAGAACUCAUAUGUUUUUUAAGUGUGACAGUGCCUCUGUGACUCUCGGAGAGGAAUAUGAUGUACAAUGGGGGCGACCAAAGGAAGUUGACAGAGCAGUCGUUAUUCAUUCAGGAACAGAGCUGGGGAUGCGUUCCAAGUUGAAGGAUUUGCUGUCGCAGCCGACAUCCCCAGUCGUCUCUUCCCCUCGUUCAGCGCAUUCUCCCAGAUCACCAACUCCACCCAGGCCAGAAGAGCCACCGCAGCCGAAACGCCGCAAAACAGAAAAAUCUCUGACUAAAUCCGGAAGACCGAGGACAACGGUGAUAGCCUUAGGAUCCCCUCCUCCGGAUGGUCCCACAGUUACAACUCUGGAACCAGCAGAAAACUUGCAGGAAACAGCGCCACUUCUGUCAUCCACGUUCCUAACUCCAACACGACCUCCCGCGAUUCUAACAGAACAAACUGAGGAACCAGCACCAUCUGUCACACCCACGCUCUUGACCCCAACCAGACAUCCUCCAACUUCCGCAGAUUCGUCACUUCAGACGAGUACCCCGCUUAUCAGGUUCCGGACUUACCGUCCAUCCACAAGCGAGGAAGACACGGCCAGUAUGCAGGCCAUCAUGCGGGAAUUGCGGGACAUCCGGAAAUCAGAUGAUGUUUUCAACAAAAAGGUUUCUGCAACAAACACAAGGGUGUCCGGGCUAGAGGCUCAGAUGAAUACAAUUUUGACCAACAUUAAUAUUCUCAUCGACCUUGUACGGAAUGGUGGCCUUCAACAACCGACCACUCAGGCUGUCAAUAUCAGUGAGUUAAACAGUACGGACUCCGACAGUGCAUCAACAGGUAUUCCCGAGGAAUUUCAAAUUCCAGAUGCAGAACUCAGGGAAAUUCUCAGAGAUUCUAGGAACUCAGGUAAUUUUGCAGUCAAUUUGUGCAGGAAAUUGUUUCCUGAACUCUAUGGCGAGGGGAACCUCAGAUUUGACUACAACUGGUUUGGAGGCGGAAAGCUGGGGAAGAAGGAAUUAGACCCACGGAGGAAGUCGGUGAUUAAGCGUUACGUGUGUUUUUUUUACCCCGACCUUCAAUUAGAGGAAAAUUGGAGGGAGAGGAUAGUGACAAAGAUAAAUGAAUCGCUCCGCAGAAACGACAAAAGACUGAAGAAAAGCAGCACUGCCACACUGGUAAUCCCGACUGUAAAUGUCGACAUGUGCAACGAUGUGUUCACCUUUCACGAGUGAUUAUGUGAUUUUUAACAGUGACAACGAUUACUUUCCGUGUUUUAACAGUGACAACCAUUAACAUUUUUAUUGUGAUACUGAAGACUUUUAUAAAGUAAAAUCUUUGGAUAGAUAAUAACUUUUUUAAAUUGUACCAAUUGUUU